UCCUGCCUUGGGUCAGGAGAGCUCAGGAUCUCCCUCAGGACAUCAGACUCAAUAGCACCUCCAGGAGCAAAAUUAAUCUGAGCAAAAUUGAAAAGGAUUAUUGGAAGCAAAGCCCCUUACCUGACUGCAGGGCCUCUGUUAACCUCUGCCAACAACUGAGUCACUCACACCAAAAGCCUUUGUCCUAAUUCUCUGCUGGGCCAACACAGGAUGGAAAGAAGUUAAUCGGAGGAAAGAUUCCAGGGCGAUAUGAUGACCUCCCCAAACACAACCACCCCCAGCGAUGCCCUUUUUCCGAACCCAACUUCUCAGGCAAACUGGUGCCCUCCAGCCUGCACCUUCCCCCAUUCAACUGCCCAACACAUAAGUCAUCGUGCUAACAAUUACAAACGGCAUCCAAAGAGAAGGAAGUUCAUCCGGCCAUCCCCACCUCCUCCUCCCAAUACUCCCAUUCCCAUUGAGCUAAUUGACUUCAGUGACAUCCCACCACGACACUCCUUCUGGGAAUUACUUUUCAAUGGGUGUAUUCUGUUUGGGAUUGAGUUCAGCUAUGCAAUGGAGACAGCUUAUGUCACUCCUAUCCUCCUACAGAUGGGUUUACCAGACGAACUGUACAGCAUGGUUUGGUUCAUCAGUCCCAUAUUAGGGUUCCUGGUUCAACCUGUAUUGGGUGCCUGGAGUGACAGCUGCUGUUCUCCCUUUGGCCGACGCAGACCCUUCAUCCUGGUUCUGGCAAUUGGUGCACUGAUUGGUCUCUCACUACUACUCAACGGCAAGGACAUUGGUCUUACUGUUGCUGACACUGUCACUAAUCACAAGUGGGGCAUCAUUCUGACUAUCUGUGGUGUGGUAUUAAUGGAUUUCAGUGCUGACUCAGCAGACAACCCAAGCCAUGCCUACAUGAUGGAUGUCUGCUGCCCAGAGGAUCAGGACCGAGGCCUGAAUAUCCAUGCACUCCUGGCAGGUCUGGGAGGCGGAUUCGGUUACAUCAUUGGUGGGAUCAAGUGGGACCAAACAAAUUUUGGAAAGGUGCUAGGAGGUCAGCUUCGGGUUGUCUACAUUUUCACUGCGGUAACAUUGACCAUCACCACUAUCCUGACACUAACCAGUAUCCCAGAAAAGCGGCUGAACCCACAGGGAAAAAAGAAGAAAGUGAUGAAGAGUCCCAGCCUCGCUCUACCCCCCUCUCCACCAAUGGCUCUGGAAGAAGGUGGAGGCCAGAGUGCCAGUCAGAAUGCCACUCGGAUGUACACCAGCAUGACCAGUCCUAUUUCCCCACUGAGCCCCCUGACUCCCAAGUAUGGGAGCUUUCUGAGCCGUGACAGCUCCCUGACAGGGAUUAAUGAAUUUGCCUCAUCCUAUGGGACCUCUUAUAUUGACACUGUCCUCAUUGACUGCUACACAGGGGCCAAUGACCAAUACAUCAGUUUUCCCAGACACACAUUGAGCGCAAGUCUUCCCCGGAUACCUGAUGAGGUGGAAAAUGAGGAAAUAGGACCGUCGGUGAUGACUGAGAAUCCAGGGAGUCUACAGGAUGCCUCACUUGUUGCCAUGAGAAAUCCAGGAUCAGGAAUUCUCAAAAGACCCGAAACAUUGAGUAUUCCAAACAGCUACCUUGGAAACAGUGGUGACAACAGUCGAAGGAGGACAGUGACCUUCAGUCAGCAGGUUGCGAAUAUUUUGCUGAAUGGAGUGAAAUAUGAAACUGAUUUGAAUGGAUCAGGGGAAUUAUCGGAAAGGCCUCUCUCCAUAUCUUUCUUGUUCUCAUCAAUCUGUCACAUGCCGAAACCAUUGCGGAAUUUGUGUGUCAAUCACUUCUUAGGCUGGCUCUCCUUUGAAGGCAUGCUGCUGUUUUACACUGACUUCAUGGGGGAGGUGGUGUAUGGAGGUGACCCCAAGGCCGCUCAUGACUCAGAAGCAUUUCAGAAAUAUAACGCAGGAGUGAGUGUGGGCUGCUGGGGUAUGUGCAUCUACGCAUUCAGUGCUGCUUUUUACUCAGCACUCCUGGAGAAGCUGGAGGAAUACUUCAGUAUCCGAACUCUCUACUUCUUUGGCUAUUUAUCCUUUGGAAUUGGCACUGGCAUUGCCACCCUGUCCAGGAACAGCUAUGUUCUUUUAUCGCUCUGUGUCACAUAUGGAGUGCUGUUUUCUUCACUUUGCACUCUACCCUACUCGCUGCUGUGUGAAUACUACCAGAGUAAAAAGUUUGUAGGACCGAAUGCAAAUGGGACCAAGCGUGGGAUGGGUGUGGACAUUUCACUCCUGAGCUGCCAGUACUUCCUUGCACAGAUCAUCGUUUCCAUAGUGAUGGGCCCACUAACAUCAGUCGUGGGCAGUGCCAAUGGGGUGAUGUACUUUGCCAGCCUGACCUCCUUCAUCGGGUGCUUGUACUCUUCUCUGUUUGUGAUUUAUGACAUCCCUCCCGAUGAUAAUGGUGAGGAGCAGACUCCCCUCCUCAUGAAUGUCUGACUCAACAAAUUCCACUUUGAAUCUGUUCAAGGAACUAACUCCUAGAAUAAGCCACUGGACAUUUGCACUUUCCCCGAGAUCCCUCAACAUCGAGUCAUCAUUAUUCAAACAGGAACAGAAACAAUGAAGAUUAAUUCCUCUUUUUUUUAAUUGGUGCUGGUACCUCUCAAAUAUAAAUAUAUAAAGAAAUAUAUAUAAAUAACAAAAAUUUUGAUUAGUUAAUUAGAGCGAGUAAAAUGCAUGGUUUGCAAGUGAUCCGGUUCUACUCCAUUCAGACAGGUGAAGCCUCAGCCACAUAUUGGUCAUCUAGGAAAGCCUUGCUUGCAACACGCAACCAACCAUGAAUUGAAUGGCAAUAUGUGUCUGUUUCAAUUCCAGUCCUUAAAGACUUUUCUCCUGCUGAUCACUAUGGAAGUUACUGUGGUUUUGGUAGAGUUCAAAAGUGGUUCAAAAGUUCCCAACAAGAAGAAUACAGUGAGUCACUGGUGGGGCAAGGUACCACACAUAUCAUUAAUGUCCCUCAGAAAAUUCCAGCUCACAGUUUUCUCCAAUGCUUAUGCAUGGUGGGAAUGUUUUUAGUUGAGUAAGAACUCAGUGUAUCUCCCUUUCUCAAUCAUGAGAAACACCCAGUGAAACUGAACUCUAAUUUCGUAAUAACAAUCGUGGAAAAAUCAAAGUCUAUCCAGUAACUCACCCCAAGCACAUGGAAUAGGAGGAUCCCACAUUGCAUCUCUCGUCUUCCCUCAGUCUUAACCAAACUCAAUUGGGUGGCAACAGCAUUUGUAAAUAGCUUCAGUGUCCUGAGUCAGGGAAAUCAGCCUUGCGUACCACUUAAUGAGCUAUCCAGUAAAUUUCUGUUUUAUUCCUUCAUGGAAUGUGGGCUUUGCUGACUAGGCUGGCAUUUAUUGCUCAUCCCUAAUUAUUCUUGAUAAGGAAGUGGUGACUGUCUUCUUGCACUGCUGCAGUCAUUGGGUGUAAGAAGUCCCAGACCUGUUGGGAGUGAGUUCCAGGAUUUUCAUCCAGCGACAGUGAAAGAACAGCAAUAUACUUCCAAGUCAGGUUGGUGUGUGGCUCGGUGGGAGAUUACAAAUGGUAGUGUUCUCUUGCGUUUGCUGCCUUUGUCCUUCUGGUUGGUAAAAAUUACAAGUUGGAAGCUGCUGUCAGAAGACUAGUCAAUGUGCAUAUAUGACAUUGGUUGAAGACAGAGACAAUGCUGUUUUCUUUGACCAAGGAGUUUGUCAAAAUCUAAGCUGUCUCACACAUUGCUCCCCAAACACUUAGUACCAUAAGUAGUGACUAUUUGAGUGAUGCAUGGGAGAGAACCCAUAGUAUGAAUCUAGAAGGGUAAGAGAUGCUCAUCAUGAAUUAUCUCCACACUUAUUAAAAAGUUUUGAUGUUUAAACUUGAUGCCUGAACUUUAUAAGGAUGCAUUACUGCAAGUACGUUCAUAGCACAUCAUAAAUAUUAUUGUAUGUAUGUACAGGCAAAGAUUUCUUGUGUACGUACCAGGAAAUUAUAACAUGGUUAGAUAAAGAUUGAAGCUUCCAAUCCAUUGCCCCAUCAGUUACUCACAGGGUUGAUUCAGAUUGGUUAUUUUAAGUAUUUCUUUUGAUUUAGCAUUGUUAUAUUCAGUCCCUCUCAGAGUUCACAGAAUGUACUUCCCCUUUGCUGCUGCAGUGAGUAGAUACUAGGCUGCACAGUUUGCAAAGCACAGGGACCAUCUCUCCACCCUCAGGCACUCUGCCUGUAUUCCUGAUGAAGGGCUUUUGCCCGAAACAUCUAUUUUACUACUUCUCGGAUGCUGCCUGAACUGCUGUGCUUUUCCAGCACCACUAAUCCAGAGUUUGCAAAGCAUACCAAUAUGUAUUGCCUCCCUGUAGAGUUUCUUUGAGCAGCAAGGCAAGUGAGAACAUAACAUACACCUUCUCUAAAGCUUGAUGGGUAAACAUGCCAUAUGAAACCAUGAUGGGGAACCUCACUGAAUUAUUUCAAUUGAGUUGUGUGGGUGCAUCAAAAUCACUGGACUUUAGGAAUAACUACACGGUCCUGUGCAGAGCAAAAAUACCUCCAUUUACCAAAUCAACUCUCACGUUUUGAAUGAGAGAGAAAGGUCUGUCAUUAAAUGUAUGAACAUUGCUCUACCGGUUAAAU